CGGAAGCGGAGAGCGCGGAGCAAAGAUUACGCCGCGGCACGAUUGACUUGUAAAGAUCAUGUUACGUGAAGAAGAAGCCUGGAAGAGGAGGAAGAGGAAAGGAAAGGAGGCAGGCGUGGCUCUUACUCAGGGAGGCUUGACUUUCAGGGAUGUGGCCGUAGAAUUCUCUCAGGAGGAGUGGAAAUGCCUGGACCCUGCUCAGAGGGCUUUGUACAGGGACGUGAUGUUGGAGAACUACAGGAACCUGUUCUCCCUGGGAAUCUCUCAUUUUGACCUGAGUCUCAUCUCUAUGUUGGAGCAAGGGAAAGAGCCCUGGACUGUGGAGAGCCAAGUGAUGAUAGCAAGAAAACCCAAAGGGUGGGAAUGGAUCAAAGGUGUGAACACAGAUUUCUCCCCAAAGUGUGUCAUCAAGGAAUUAUCACAAAAAAGGAAAAGGAAUACAAGACAGGUAUUUCACACAGUGACAUUGGAAAGACAUGAACACGAUGACAGAGAAGAUUUUGCACGUCAUAGAGUUCAUUCUAGAGAGAAACUGUACAAAUGUCGUGAAUGUGGUAAGGUCUUUAGUCAUGCUUCAAGCCUCUCAAAGCAUUACAAAAUUCAUACUGGAGAGAAACCUUACAAGUGUAAGGAGUGCGGCAAAGCCUUUAGAGCACAUUCAAGCGUAACUGCCCAUUGGCUAAUCCAUACUGGAGAAAAACCUUACAAAUGUAGUGAAUGUGGCAAGGUCUUCAGUUCAAAGUCAAACCUUGCACGUCACUGGAGAAUUCAUACUGGAGAGAAACCUUACAAAUGUAAUGAAUGUGGCAAGGUAUUUCGUAAGGAUUCACACCUUGCAAAUCAUCGGAGAAUUCAUACCGGAGAGAAACCUUACAAAUGUAGUGAAUGUGGCAAAGUCUUCAGUCAAAGUUCACACCUUUCAAGUCAUCAUAGAAUUCACACUGGAGAAAAACCUUACAAAUGUAAUGAAUGUGGCAAGGUCUUCAGUCGAAAGUCUCACCUUGCAACUCAUCAGAGAAUUCAUACUGGAGAGAAACCUUACAAAUGUAAUGAAUGUGGCAAGGUCUUCACUCGAAGGUCACACCUUGCAAAGCACCGCAGGACUCACACUGGUGACAAAUUUUACAAGUGUAAUGAAUGUGGCAAAACUAGAACACAUGAAAAUCUAACUAGGCAUUGGAUAAUCCACACUGGGGAAAAACCUUAUAAAUGUAAUGAAGCUGGCAAGAUCUUCAAUCACAAUUUAUACCUUGCAAUUCAUGGUACAGUUCAUGCUGGAGAGAAACCAAUAUAAGUAGAAACAGCUUACUAAUGUAAUGAAUGUGGCAAGGGCUUUUGUGUUAAGUCACACCUUGCAACUCAUUGGAGAAUUAAUACUGGAGAGAAACCUUUCAAGUUAAUUGAAUGUGGCAAGGUAUUCAGUCAAAGUUCACACGUUUCAAGUCAUCAUAGAAUUCAUACUGGAAAGAAACCUCACCAUUGUAAUGAAUGUGGCAAGGUCUUCACUCAACCUUCAUGCCUUUUAAGUCAUCAGAGAAUUCAUUCUGGAGAGAAACCUUACAAGUAUCAUGAGUGUGGGAAAUCCUUUAGUGUGCAUUCAAAUCUAACUACCCAUCAGGUAAUCCAUACUGGAAGGAAAAUUUAUAAAUGUAAUGAAUGUGGCAAGGUCUUCACGCAGCCUUCAAGUCUUGUAGCUCAUCAGAGAAUUCAUUCUGGAGAAAGACCUUACAAGUGUUAUGAGUGUGGGAAAGCCUUUCGUACAUAUUCAAACCUAACUACCCAUCGGGUAAUCCAUACUGGAGAGAAACCGUACAAAUGUAAUGAAUGUGGCAAGGUCUUCACUCAAAAUUCACAUCUUGCAACUCAUCGGAGAAUUCAUACUGGAGAGAAACCUUACAAGUGUACUGAGUGUGGGAAAGCCUUUACUGUGCGUUCAAACCUAACGACGCAUCAGGCGAUUCACACUGGAGAAAAACCUUACAAAUGUAACGAGUGUGGCAAGGUCUUUAGUCACCCUUCAAGCCUUGCAAGUCAUCGGCGCAUUCAUACUGGAAAGAAACCUUAUAAGUGUAAUGAGUGUGGCAAAGCCUUUACUAUUAGUUCAAACUUAACUACCCAUCAGGCAAUCCAUACUGGGGAAAAACCUUACAAAUGUGGGGAAUGUGGCAAGGUAUUCACUCAAAAUUCACAUCUUGCGACUCAUCGUAGAAUUCAUACUGGAGAGAAACCUUACAAGUGUAAUGAGUGUGAGAAAGCCUUCAGUGUUCGUUCUAACCUAACUACUCAUCAGGCUAUACAUACUGGAGAAAAACCUUACAAAUGUAAUGAGUGUGGUAAAGUCUUCACUCAGAAUUCAUACCUUGCAAGUCAUCGGGCAAUUCAUACUGGUGAGAAACCUUAUAAGUGUAUUGAAUGUGGCAAGGUCUUCACUCAAAAUUCACACCUUACGAGGCACUGGAGAAUUCAUACUGGAGCAAAACCUUACAAGUGUAAUGAGUGCGGCAAGGCCUUUAGAAUUCGUUCAAACUUAACUGCUCAUCAGGUAAUCCAUACUGGAGAAAAACCUUACAAAUGUAAUGAAUGUGGUAAGUUCUUCAGUCAGCUUUCAAGCCUUGCUAGUCAUCGUAGAAUUCAUACUGGAGAGAAACCUUACAAGUGUAAUGAGUGUGGCAAAGCCUUUACUAUUAGUUCAAACCUAACCACCCAUCAAGCAAUUCAUACUGGAGAGAAACCUUACAAGUGUAGUGAAUGUGGCAAAGUCUUCACUCAAAAUUCACACCUUGCAAAUCAUCGUAGAAUUCAUACUGGAGAGAAGCCUUACAAGUGUACUGAAUGUGGCAAAGCCUUUAGUGUGCAUUCAAGCCUAACAACCCAUCAGGCAAUCCACACAGGAGAAAAACCUUACAAAUGUAAUGAAUGUGGCAAAGUCUUUACUCAAAAUUCACACCUUGCAAAUCAUCGGAGAAUUCAUACUGGAGAGAAACCUUAUAAGUGUAAUGAGUGUGGCAAAGCCUUUAGAGUGCAUUCAAGCCUAACUACCCAUCAGGUAAUCCAUACUGGAAAGAAACCUUACAAAUGUAAAGUGUGUGGCAAGGCCUUCAGUCAAAUUUCAAACCUUUCAAGUCAUCACAGAAUUCAUACUGGAGAAGAACCUUAAAAUGAGUGUGACAGAGUCUUCAGUCACAAUUUACUCCUUGCACAACAUCAGAGAAUUAAUUCUUGAGAGAAUCUACAAAUGCAUUGACUAGCAGAGUCCUCAUGAGUUAAAGCAUUAACAGACAUCAGAGAGUUAUACUGAAGAGACAUCAUCUAAGUGUAAUGUAUGGCAGAGGCUUAAUUCAGGCCUCACAACUCACUAGGCAUCAAAUUAAACAUUUUUGAUUUUUGAUGAAACCACACAAAUGUGAUGUGCAUCCUGAGGCUAUUACUCAAGUUCCAUAUCUAUAGGAGAAUUUAUAGGAAGAAUAAUUCAUUCUUUCAUUCUCCAAGCUUAACCUUUGUUAUUAUGUACUGCAGGCUAAUUAGAAGUUAAAAUAUAUUAACUUAUAACACAAUAUACUUGUAUAUCAAAA